AUGCAGUUCCAGCAAUCGGACUUCUCCCAGCUUCAGCAAGCGCAGGAAGAUCAAUUUAGGGUUCCGCUCAAUGCGGGUAUAGAGCCGUCUUUCAGGGCGGACCAGUGCGCAGCAGGACGCGGCGACGCCGCGGCAUUCAUACCGUCGAGUGCGGCGGACCUGUCGCAGCUGCCUGGGGGCGCCAUGAUGGACUUCGCGGCGCUGCCAGGCGAGCCCGCGUGGCCGCUUGGGGCUCGCGACGGGCUCUGGUUCCCCGAAGCGUCGCAGCUAGUCGCUCCGCCCGUCGACGCUGCUGCGACGAAUGAGUUUGGCGGGGCCGCUGGUGGCGGCGCUGUGAGCAUGGACGGCGGCGACGUGGCGUCGUCGGGGGUGUCGCGGGACUUGCUGCUGCAGCUGCUGUCGGCGGGUCUCGACAUGCCCUCGCUGCAGGCCAUGCUCGCCGCGCUCGACGCCCCCACCACCGCCACCGCCACCCCGCUCGCCACGUCGUCACCACUCGAGUCGCAGCCGCCCCAGGUGGGUGCGGACAACACGGCGCAGCUUUUCGCAGCAGGCGCGGCUGCGGCGGCGGAGCACACGGUGGGUGCAUUCAACGGUUCUGCGCCGCCGGGAAGCGGCCGCGCCACCCUGAGCCAGAGCCACAGCCUGGACGGUCGAUCCGCGCUUCCGCCCGUGUCGCCGCAAGUCAACGCGCGAUCUCGACCGCAGCUCACGGCGGGCGAGCGCCCCGUCCCGGUGCUGGGGUCCGCCGCGCACGGCGCGCAGUCGAGCCUGCGCUCCCGGCGGGGCCUGCCCGACCUCUCCAGCUCGCUGGCCAACGCGCGCCCCUCCGCCGUCUCCCGCCUCGCCGCUGCCACCUGCGGCAAUCCCCCCUCCAACUCGGGCAAGCGCGAGGCCGAGGCGGGCAUGACGGGCGGCGCAGCGCGGUGGCCGCUGUCGCCCGCGCUCAAGAGCCCGCGAUCCGACGGAUACCGCAGCCCUGGCGGCAGCCGCGUUCUGUCCGCCAUAGCCGCGAGUCCCACCGGGCUCGCGAGCGACAUGGCGCAGCUGCGCGUGCGCUCGCUGCCCACCACUCCGCUCGGCGGGGCCGCGCCCUUGCCGCUGGGGUCGGCGCGCGGCGGAGUGGGAGGGGGCGUGCCAUCCGCGGAGUCGGCAGGCAGAGGGUCGCACUCGAGAGGGUCGAGCGGCGAGCAGGGCUACGAGGUGGCGUCGGCAGGCGGGCACGAUGGAGCCGCGCGGGACGGGCAGGAGGGCGGGAUGGAAGCGGGCGCCGCGCACAUGGAGGAGGGCGGGGGGGCGGCAGCAGGGAUGGGCGAGGGCGUGGAGGGCGGCGGAGGGGGAGACGAGCUGUACGGCGGCGAUGGGUUUGGGCUGGACGAGGGGGGGGACGAGGAGGCGGACGGGGAGGGCGGCAAGGGGGGGGGCGGAGGCAGGGGGCGGGGCCGGCAUUCGACGAAGCCGCGCAGCGUGGCGGAGCGCAUGCGGCGGGAGCGCAUCUCAGCGCGGCUGAAGCGGCUGAAGGACGUGAUGCCGCGCACGGACGCGCGCACAGACACGUCCGCCAUGCUGGACGACGCCGUGGUGUACAUCCGCUCCCUGCAGAUGCGCUGCGCCGCCCUUGAGACCCAAAACUCUUUCGGUUCGGAGCGGUACACUCGAUUGGGACACAUCGAUUGGGACAGUGUCCACAGUGGAAUGUACCCUUACUCCCUUGCCCCUUUCCGCUCCCGUUCUACCUCCUUAUCUCCCAUUCAUGCCAUCUUCUUCCCCUUCUCUCUCCGUUCAUCCUCUCCCACGAUAACUCGUUCUCCCCCCCUCUUUACUCCCUCCCCCACUCCCUCCCUCCCUCCUCCCUCCCUCCCUCCCUCCCUCCCUCCCUCCCUCCCUCCCUCCCUCCCUCCCUCCCUCCCUCCCUCCCUCCCUCCCUCCCUCCCUCCCUCCCUCCCUCCCUCCCUCCCUCCCUCCCUCCCUCCCUCCCUCCCUCCCUCCUCCCCCACUCCCUCCCUCCCUCCCUCCUCCCCCCCGCCCUCCCUCCCUCCCUCCCUCCCUCCCUCCCUCCCUCCCUCCCUCCCUCCCUCCCUCCCUCCCUCCCUCCCUCCCUCCCUCCCUCCCUCCCUCCCUCCCCUCCCCCUCCCUUUCCUUCCCCCCGCUCCCCUCCCAGUCUUCCUCCUUUUCUUCCUCCUAGGCCAUCUCUCCUUCCCCUUCUCUCUCCCUUCCCUCCCUCCCACAUUCACUCUGGCCAACCCUCGAUCCCUUCCUCUUUCCCCGCCUCUAUGCUUCCCUCCUUCCUUCCCCUCCCUCCACCCCUGUCUCCUUACUCCCGUGUCCUCUCAUUACAUUGAUCACUUCCUUCCUCCUCCCUCUUCUCCACGUCUUCACUCUUCUGCUCCCCUCCCCGGUCUUUCAUUGCUGUGGAUAGAAAACAGCGAACGGCAUUGUUAG